UCACUUUCUCGGCUGGUUUGCGAACUUGAAAAGCGAACGAACGAACGCACGCUUUACCCAAACAUGUCCCUCUCCCUCUUUCUUUCCCGAUGCUGUUGAUAUAAAAAUACCCGAAAUGGUUCUUCCCCACCGGCCAAAACUCGACGGAACUUGACCGACAAGUUCACUGAACCGCGCCUGAAUUCCGACCCAGAAGAUGAAAUUGCUCCAGAAUGGGGUAGCCAGCGAGCCAGAGCAACCCGAUUCCGGCCGUACUGUGUUGGUCGGCAUGAAAUUGGACUCCCACAGUCGAGAGUUACUUACUUGGGCUCUUGUCAAGGUCGCUCAGCCUGGCGACCUCGUGAUCGCUCUUCAUGUUCUUGGCAAUGGCGAAGUUGUGAAUCAAGAUGGGAAGUCCUCGCUUCUUUCUAUUGUUAAAGCGUUCGACUCUGUGCUCGCUGUAUAUGAAGGUUUCUGCAACUUGAAACAGGUGGAUCUGAAGCUCAAAAUCUGCAGAGGUGCAUCGGCUAGGAAAAUUUUAGUUAGGGAAGCAAAAUCGUAUUCCGCAACUAACGUAAUCGUUGGGACAGCUCGUAAGCACCACAAAAUCCGUUCAUCGACUUCCGUUGCCAAGUACUGCGCCAAAAAAUUACCCAAAGAUUGUUGGGUACUCGCUGUUCAUAAUGGGAAAGUAAUUUUUGAACGAGAGGGCUGUCCAUUGACCACAGGAGACUGCCAAGGGAAUGAGGAACGCCGUGGAAGCAGUUUGUUCGGUGCAGUUUAUGGAUCAUCGGGUAGCCCUCUGAAAGUGCAAAGCAGUGAGAGUUUUGCUUCUUUGUUGGCGAGGGACAAAUUUAAUCUGGUAAUCGGUCAGGAUUCUGAUCAGAGCUUAGCGAAAGCCACAAUGGAUAGUUCAAAGAUCGUUGACAAACAGAACUGCUCAAUUUGUGGACCAGAGUCGAAUUCUGUGGAACAAUCUGCAGAGAUAUCUUCUGAGAAUGGAGAUGAACAUGAUGAAUCUUUGGCUAUAGUGCCAGUACAAAAGGUCAAGGUAGCUUCGACCUCUAUUUCUACGUUGAUCAGGCAAUUACCUGAAGUAAAACCCGGUUGGCCUCUGCUUCGACAUGUUGAUCAAUCGGGUCGGAAAACUUCUUCCAACCGAUCGUCGGGGAAGCAAAUCUCUGUAGUUCAGUGGGCAAUGAGGUUGCCUAGUCGGUCUCCUUCUUACCCUGCUGCUUUGGAGUACAAACCUAAUACCUCUGGCCAGUGUCUUGAUGGGGAAAAUGGUGCUAUGGUUCUGGUGGGUGCUGAGGGAGUGACUUCUCUGCUCUCCCCUGACUCCGAUUCCGAAACCUUACCGAAGGAAUUGGAGGGCUUUCAUGAGAAAUACUCGUCGACUUGCAGAUUGUUUAAUUAUCAAGAACUUCUAAUAGCGACAUCCAAUUUCUUACCCGAAAAUUUGAUUGGGAAAGGAGGAAGCAGCCAGGUUUUUAGAGGUUGCCUUCCUGAUGGAAAGGAGGUUGCUGUGAAGAUCUUGAAGCUAUCAGAAGAAGUUCUGAAAGAGUUCAUUAUGGAAAUCGAGAUCAUUACCUCCUUAAGCCACAAGAAUAUUAUUUCCCUUUUGGGAUUUUGCUUUGAAAAUAGAAAGUUCCUGUUGGUUUAUGAUUUCCUAUCAAGAGGAAGUCUUGAAGAAAUCCUUCAUGGUACUAGGAUUAGUAAGAACCCAAAUGCGUUUAUUUGGAGUGAAAGAUUUAAAGUAGCUGUCGGUGUGGCUGAGGCGUUGGAUUAUCUCCAUAGUGAUUCUCAGCGUGUGAUUCAUAGGGAUGUUAAAUCGUCAAAUGUUUUGCUAUCUGACGAUUUCGAACCACAGUUAUCGGAUUUCGGGCUGGCUAAACGGGCAUCAACCUCGUCACACGUAACCUGUACAGAUGUUGCUGGAACCUUUGGUUACCUGGCUCCUGAGUAUUUCAUGUACGGCAAGGUAAAUGACAAGAUUGAUGUCUAUGCUUAUGGUGUGGUACUCCUGGAACUUCUUUCGGGAAGAAAACCGAUCAGUACUGACUAUCCGAAAGGACAAGAAAGCCUAGUCAUGUGGGCAAGGCCCAUUUUAAUUGAUGCGAAGGUGUCUCGGUUACUUGAUCCUAGCUUGGGAUGUGACUACGACCAGGACGAGAUGGAGCGUGUGGUUCUUGCGGCCAGUCUUUGCAUUAGACGUGCCCCACGAGCUAGGCCUCCAAUUAGCCUUGUUCUAAAACUUCUCCAAGGUGAUAUAGACGUAACCAAGUGGGCAAGGCAACAGAUCAACGCUCUAGGGGACUGCAACACUCUGGACGAAGAAGUAUGUCCCCGAUCCGACAUCCAAUCACAUCUCAAUCUUGCGCUGCUCGAUGUCGACGACGAUUCGCUCUCCCUAAGCAGCAUCGAACAGAGCAUCUCGUUGGAGGACUACUUGCAAGGCAGGUGGAGCCGUUCAUCGAGCUUCGACUAACAACAUCACCUCUGCGCAACUCCGCUAGCUUGACGAGUGGCUUUGAUUGGCGUGGAUUUUUCGUAUGUUCUCCGGUUUUACUCACACAACCCCUCUUUGUAUCAUCUCUGACUUGCCUAUGAAUGGGUGAUGGAUGAGAGGAUGUUUGUGGUGUACCCUCCUCCUUCCAUUUUAGGCUUUCUUUUUUUCUUUUUGCUCCUUUCUUUCUCCUUGCAAAAGGGUUGAUCAGGGUGGAAGAUGGAGUUUUGUUAUAAUGCUCUGAUUCUGAUUGAUUAUUAUACAGAUUGUGGUCAUAACUUCAUGGCUCUGCAUAUAUAAGCAAAUAAGAGCAGAGCAGUUUUGUUUCUUAUGCUUCUUUGUACAAAAUUCCACAUUAUCUUCACCCUUCGUAAGAUGCAAAUAAAUUCUCAUUCUAAA